CUGCAGCAGCACCAGCUCCAGCAGCAUUCUCAUUAUCAUUAACGUCAACAUAAUCAUCGACUUUAAUGGAAACGCUGCCUGUAACAAUCAUGUAAAAUUGACACACAAAAAGAAGGAAAGAGCAGGAACACAAAAGCGACACAGAAGAGAGUGCAAAGAGACAGCAAUGAAGAGCAGGCGAAACGGAAAUGGCAAUGGGAAUGAGAACGGGAAUGAGCAGCAGCAGCAGAACCAGAACCAGAAAUCGACAGAGACAGAGAACCACAACGAGCAGCAGCAGCAGCAGCAGCACCGUCGUGCGAGUGGCAAUAACACAUCAAAUUGGUAUUAGAACUUGUUACAGUUACUUCGACCAGAAGCAGUCAUACUAAAAGUGGGCGUGGCCACACACCGAGCACAGUGUGGGACAAAUUGGUGCAGACAGAAAACUCUCCCCCUGGGCUGGCAGGCAGAAUCAUCAUCACCAUCAUCAUCCUUGUCUCUGUCUCCCCGUCCCAACAUAAAAGUCAAUUAAUGUGCAAUUACAGCAACAACAACAGCGCAGCUAGAAGCUACUGAAAGGCAAAAGAAGAAAGCACAAAGAGGGAGGAGAGCGAGAGAGAGGGAGGAGAGCAGAGUGUGUGUGUGGAAAUUACAGCAAAUUACACGCAACCAGAGGAAGAGGCGGCGGCAAAGCAAAAAGAUUCCAAGUUGGAGCAGGAAACCGCGUGGAAACAGCUGGAGGAGGAGCAGGAGGAGCAGGAGGAGGAGACGCAGAGACUGCUGCUAGUUCCAUCAACACCCUCCCCCGUCCAGCUAUUGUCCAGCCAUAGCAGAGGGGACCACGACGGAGCUGUCUGUGGAGGCUCCUACAAAAUGACUUUCGUUAACAAGCUGAGCAAAAGCUUCCGCUGGCUGCGCUGCUCGACAUUGUGCGCAAUUUUGUUUUAUAUGUUCUUCAUUGGCCUGAUAUUGCACAGCACCAGCCACAAGCUGCAGCAGCAUCAGCAAGAGCAAAGGGACCAGCAGCGGCAGCGGGAGCAGAAGAACCAAAAGGAAGGACCAGCCAGCAGUCAUAGCAGUAGCAGCACCAGUAGCGUUGCUGUUGCUGCUGCUGCUGCUGCUGCCCAAGAGGCGGCUGCUGCUGAGACCAAUGUGGGGCAUAAUAGUCGCAGCCGGCAGCAGCCACCCUCCCUCGAGGCAUCAGCCAACCAUUUGGACAGCAGCAAGGAGAAAGUGCAAGGCAAGACAGGAGCGGCAGGAGGAGGAGCAGCAAGAGGAGUAGCCGCAGCCGCAACGGGGACUUCAGUUUUGUCCGCCAGCAAAUCCUCUAACCAGCCAGAAACAGUUAUUUUGGCGGCCAGCAAUGUGAACGAGAAGCAAAUACUCGCCAAAGCUUUCAAACGCGCUGAUCGCAAUCACGAUGGACGCCUGUCCAUCCAGGAGCUGGGCCAGUACAUCAAUCGCCGCAUUGUCGAGCACAUCGAUGAGGCGAUCAUGAACAACGCCCGGGAGUUUCGGCGCGUGGACACGGGACCCGCCGAUGGACUAAUCACCUGGGACGAGUAUCAUCGAUUUUUUCUGCGCGAGCAUGGCAUGACGGAGGCGGACAUCGAUGAGCACGACGAGAUCCGGCACACGGCGCUGAACCGGCGUGCCCGCGAGGACAUGAUGCGGGACAAGGCGCGCUGGUCGGAGGCGGCACGCACCGAUCUCUUCACGCUGACCAUCGAUGAGUAUCUGAGCUUCAGGCAUCCGGAGUCGAGUGUGUCCAAUCUGCUGGAGCUGGUGGACGAUCUGCUGCGGCAGUUCGAUCAGGAUGGCGACGAUCAGCUGACGCUCGAGGAGUUCUCCGACCUGAAUGUGGACGAUGACGAUGAUCUGCUGCGCAAGUCGCUGAUCUCCAAGACGCUGGUGGAGCGUCGCGAGGAGUUCAAGCGCAUUAUUGACAAGAACCACGACGGCAAGGCGGAUCGAGGGGAGUUGCUGUACUACGUGAACCCAAAGACGCCGCGCUAUGCGCUCCAAGAGGCAGCCACAUUGUUCAGUCUGUGCGAUGAGAACAAGGACGAGCUGCUGACGCUCAAGGAGAUGACCAACAAUGCUGAGAUAUUUCUGCAAUCCAAAAUGAUCGACACGGCAAACAGUUUUCACACUGAAUUCUGAUUCAUUUCAUUGAUUAAUUGUCCCCCUGGCACCACUCCCUCUAAAAACUUGACCCCUUUGAGCAGUUAUAGUGAUAUUAAUUUGUAAGUUGUUCAAUCGGUAGCAUACCAUACCAUCCAUCUUUCUGUUUUGUAUUUAAAAUAAUCCUUCAGAAUACUCCUAAGCGAAAUGUACUUUGUAGUAAAAUCAAUAAUUAAAACAUAAGAGUGCAAGGCAACAAAAACAA